UUUGUAUCGUUUAUCUAUUUUAUCACAUAUUUUUUGUGAACCUUUGAAUCAGUAAUUGACUAAAUGUGAAAAUUGCAUUGUGUGGUAAAUGUCAAAAUUUCAGUCAGUGAAAUCGUGCUAAUCAUCGAGAUUCGAGAUCAUAGUUGAAAAUCCGUGAUGUACUUAUAUUUGAAAACAUAUGGUAUUAGUGAACUGAGUGUUAUAUUUAGCAGUUUAUCAUAGUCGAGCUGUUGGCUGCACAUUGGAGAGCGCAGGUGGAUGAAACAAUUUUGAGAAAGUGAAGGGUGCUGGAGCGUGCGGUGACUGGAGAUGAGCUCGCCACCGCCCGUGCAGGAGGUGGACGUCGGAGACGAGUCUAUGGAAGACGACUCCGCUGACAUGAUACCCGCUGACAGAUUCACGCUGCCCGCGAAGGCCGACGCCGUGGUAGAGCUGUGGCGCGCCAAGAUGGCGGAGGGCGUGCUGUCGCCCGCGCAUUUCCAGGACCAUUGGAGGGUGACCGUGCCGAGGAUAUACUCGCCGCAGCCUAACAGGAGCUGUUUGGACUGGUCGUUCGACGAAGAGUUGGCAGCGAAACUGCUCAUCCAACCUUUGGAGCAACUGAUAUGGGGCUCCAGCGAAGGCUCGGCGCCGCCGCCCCCGCGGCGCUCCACGCUGUGCGGACGGGUGUUCAAGCAAGGGGAGCCGGCUUACAGUUGCCGCGAGUGUGGCAUGGACAACACAUGCGUACUCUGCGUGGAAUGCUUCAAAGUAUCCGCGCACAGGCAUCACAAGUACAAGAUAGGACAGUCCGGCGGCGGCGGGUGCUGCGACUGCGGCGAUACUGAAGCGUGGAAACGUGAUCCCUUCUGCGAGCUGCACGUGGGCCCCGAUGACGAAGAACAAUCACAAACCAGCAUCAGUCCUGAGGUUAUAGAGCGGAUGAAGACUGUCGCCUCCGUCUGUCUGUCCUACUGCUUCAGGCUGCUCACACUUGACCACGCGCCCGGCUUGCCCAACGAGUUAAGGUUAAAAGACGCCGAGAGAGAACGGGAUCCACUGCAGAUCUUAGACCAGCCCGACUGCUACUGCACAGUGCUUUAUAAUGACGAAACGCACACAUUUGAACAGGUGAUAACCACCCUGACCCGCGUGAUGAAAGUGAACCACCGCGACGCCGUGGAGCUGGUGUCGCUCAUCGACCGCGAGGGCCGCGCGCUCGUCAAGUGCAGCUCCUUCCAGGUCUGCGACAAGCUCAAGAACGACAUCGAGAUGUUCACGUCCCGCACCGGUCCCGCGCUGAAGGUGCUCGUCAUGCACGCGCACGUGUUAGCGCACCAGACGUUCGCCAUGAAGCUGUUACAAUGGCUCCAAAACUUCGUAGCGCAAGAGCCUUCACUCCGCCUCGCGGUGUCUCUCGUAGCUCUCGGCGACGACGCCGCGGCCCUCGGCGCCGCCUCCCUCAGCGGCGGCGGCGGCGUGGCCGUGGGCGUCAUGCAGAACGACUGUCGCAUGUGGAAGGCCGCCAGGACUGCGUGGCAUAGGCUGCUCAUCGCUACGACGCUCAUGGACUACACUACUAAGAAGACUAUGGCUAUAUUAUUCACUAAGAACUAUGGCUCGAUCCUGAAGGACUUCAUCCGCGACGACCACGAUCACUCGUUCUCCGUCUCGUCUCUCUCCGUACAACUGUACACUCCGCCUACAUUAGCCCAGCAUCUAAUCGCUAAGCAUGACGCGUUGUUCGUAGUCAUGAACACGUUCGUGAGCGAGUGCAACAGACGGAUCAAUAGCAAGGGUCGCCUGGAGUUCGACCGCAACCACGUCUCAAUGGCGUUCAAACGGGCUCAGUUCGUCCUUUACGACGUGAAGUACCUGCUCGGCUCUUUGCCGACCAGUUUUGAUGACGACUUAAGGAAAGGCUUCCUACACGGAUUGUCUCUGAUGCUGAACCUGCUGGUGAUGAUGCAGGGCAUGGACUCUGUGGUCAGACAGGUGGGUCAACACAUGGAGUACGAACCCGAAUGGGAGUCUGCCUUCAACCUGCACGUGAAGCUAGCUCACAGCAUCACUCUCUCCUUGGAAUGGUGUGCGUUAGAACGCGCGCUGUGUGCCUCCGCGUACCGCAUGGCGUUGCGCCGCCACGCUGACACUAUUACCUACCAGCCGAGACAGGUCAAAGAACUCGGUAACCAAUCGGCCUCAGUGAUCCCCUACGACGUAUCUACCGAGCCCGUUUCCAUCCACCGGCCACUUUCCCGGUUCCUCUCCGGUCUACAUCUGUCUCUGCAUAAGCACGGCUUGAACUACCACAGUCCCGAGUUCGACCGCCAGGAUCGACCGAAGCCCCCUCCUGAGGAACUUAUUGAGCCCGUGCUGCGGACGAUGGCCAUGAUCGCACAAGUCCACGCCGGCAUGUGGCGGCGGAACGGGUUUGCGUUGCUCAACCAGCUGUACUUCUACCACAACGUCAAGUGCCGCGCCGAGAUGUUGGACAGAGACGUCGUCAUGCUGCAGAUCGGAGCGUCUCUCAUAGAGAGCAACGAGUUUAUAAUCCACGUACUGAACAAAUUCAAUCUCCUCGACUGGGCCGCAUCGGACUUCGAACAACGAGGGAUCGAAGAUGACGCCCUGAGGCACACCAUUAGCAUGCUUGAGGAGUUCCUAGGGCUACUAAUUACUGUGGUGGGAUCCCGAUAUGUACCUGGUGUUGGAGAGGUCACCAAUGAAGACAGAACAAAAAAAGAGAUUAUACAGAUGCUAUGUGUCAAACCCAUGCCGCACUCUGAACUUAACAGAUCGCUACCCGAAGACCAGCUACACGAAACAGGCCUAGAAGCAGUCAUCCAUGAGGUGGCCGACUUCAUAAAGCCCACGGGCGGUAACAAUCGCGGAGUCUACAAGUUGAAACCACAUCUGUACGACGAAUACGACACGUUCUUCUAUCACUACACUAGGGAAGAGCUUUCUAGGAGUGAAGAGGAACAGAGGAGUAGAAGGAAAGCUGCUGGUCUCCCCGAAUGCUGCCCGCCGCCGCCUCUGCCCAAGUUAACGCCGCCCUUCCGUCUGCUCGCGAGCCUGCUCCAGUGCGACGCCGUCAUGUAUGUCCUGAGGACAGUAUUAGAGCGGGCGCUGGACCUCAGGGCGAGGUCGUUUUCGGAGACACAAGUGCACAAGGCUCUACACCUGAUGGGCUACGCGCUCCGCGACGAGGAGAGCGGGCACUACGAGUUCCUCGCGUUCGCCGAGAGCGCGCAGCGGACCGGGCUGCUGGUGCUGCUGCAGCGCCUGCUCGCCAGCCCGCGCGUCGACGCGCACCGCCCGCUCGCCAAGUGGCUGCUGCACAAGUGCAAGACGCUGCUUGGGCAAGCGGACGAGCAUGUCGGCGACGGAGAACAAAUGGAGACCGACCAGGAGGAAAAACCGCCUAAUGAUGGCGCUGCCGAAGCGGAGAAGGCGCGGCGUGCUAAGUUAGCGGCGGAGCGAAGGGCCAAAGUAAUGGCUCAGAUGAAGACACAAAUGAACAAUUUCAUUUCAAACAACGCUGUUCUGUUCGAAGAAACCACAACUGAGGUGACAGCAGAGGAGCAGGAAAUCCGUCCGUUAUACUGCGGCGCGGCGCUCGGCGUGUGGGGCGGCGGCGUCAGCGAGGCCCCGCGCGUCUGCAUCAUGUGCCAGGAGGAGGCUCGCGUGGAGCUGACCGCAGAGCCGCUGGUACUGGUCUCGUUCUCGUGCGGCUCGGCCGUGCUGCCGGCGGCGGCCGCGCAGCCGCGCGCGCACGUGUCCGUGUGCGGGCACGCGCUGCACGCCGCCUGCGCCAAGCACUACGUGCGCGGCGUGCUCGAGAGGGAGACGAGGAGGCCCUACCGUCUGCGACAACCAGCGGCUUUCGAUGCAGAAAAGAAGGAAUACCUCUGUCCUCUCUGCGAGCGACUAUGCAAUACUUCCCUGCCCCUGUUACCCGCACCGACAUUGCCGGCCGGUGCGCCGCCACCGUUAUCUGAAGAAGUAUUUAGGGACUCUGUCGCGCUGAUACUGAAACACCAAGUUUUUUCUGAGGCUGUGCAUGUAUGCACUGAGUCUUGCGAGGAGAUGCUGUGUCAGGCGCGAGCGCGUAGCGUGGGAGCGCAGUCAUCCGACAUGGAAGACGGAGAGUCCACCGACGAUGCGCCAGUCUACAUGUUGACCCAAUCCCAGGAUCUGCUGCCUCAGGAGUUCAUGGUGCACUUCGAGGGCGUGAUCCCCGCGUACACGGACGAUAUGAAGAGGCUCAUCACGGAGUUUGUUAACAUAUUGCCAGUCGUAUGCGGCGACAUUGAGGGCUCAAAUCCGCUGUCAUCCGUAGAAGCUUUAUACAAGGCCACAUCAUACACAAUCCUUAGUACAAACGCGGUACUUCAGGCCGAGAAACGGCCGCUCCUUGGCGACCUACCCUCCAGGCAUCGCGACGCCCUUCAAGCUUUAAUACGACUAGCCGCUGUCAUCCCGUCCGUCUGGCCCUCACCUAAACAACUAGCACACCACGCCCUAGAAAAUCUAAACACACUCGAACGCACUUCACCACUAACUCACCACCCCUUCGAAUCUUUAGUAGCUUUAGUCUUAACAGCCCCCUCGCUGUUCAGUAAAACUGCCGGCCCGGCGCGACCCAACCACCUAGCCAGACAAUUCACUAUACAAGUAUUCAGAGCUCUAAUCACACGAGCUAUGAUCGUACUAGACGUCUCGAACUGCGUUAGCCACGAACCUAUGGAAGGACACGAAGACUACAAACCUAUAAAACCUGAUUUAGAAAACUUGCUCACAUUCAUGAAGACCCUAAGACGAGGGAACUUAGAUAUUGAAGAUUUAAAUGCUAAUGACGUAUGGGAGAAGAUAAAGAAUCAAUGCUACACGUUCUUAAGGGCUUCCUGUCUAUUCUAUCACUUCCUAAGCGAUAUCAGCCCGCCUACAGAGCUAACGGUGGUCGGUGGUGAUACUUGGGACGUUAUGUGCGGUUAUCUAAAUUUGCCAAGUACGUUUAGAGAGUUAAUAGACACUCCGAUGUCUAGGAGGAAGUCGGAAGAGUGGUCAGCGCUUUCCACCGAGUGGUUCGCUGGGGAAGUUGACAUAAAGACGGUAGUAGAAACGAAUGAGCCUCCGAAGUUAGUGCCGUUGCCUGAUGACUUCUCGGAGUUGAUGAAUGUGGUUUCCGAGUUCUCUUGUCCGAAUUCAGAGAGGGAUGAUAGCAAGUACCCGACUAUGUGUUUGGUGUGCGGGCAGAUAUUGUGCUCGCAGAGUUAUUGCUGUCAGACUGAGAUUAAAAAGAGCGGUCGAAGCGGCGGGUCCGAGCUAGUAGGCGCGGUGGUCGCCCACGCCAUGUCGUGCGGCGCCGGCGCCGGAGUGUUCCUGCGCGUGCGCGACUGCGAGCUGCUGCUGCUGGCCGCGCCCGCACGCGGCGCCAUGCUGCCCGCGCCCUACCUCGACAACUACGGCGAGACCGACCAGGGCCUCCGCCGCGGCAACCCCCUCCAUCUAUGCCCGACGCGCUACGAAACCCUCCGCAUGCUCUGGCUAAGCCACGGUUUACACGAGCGCAUCGCACGAGCGCUCGACACGAACAUGCUCGUCACCACGCAGUGGCAGAACAUGUGAGCGCGGAACAGGCGCGUGCGAACACAGGGACAACUGGUCGCACUGUAGAGGUCAAAAGACCAGUAUGAUUGGUUACUUCAUAUAUCUCAAGUUUUUGAUAUACUUUAUCAAAGGCUAUACGAAACGCUCCGAAUGCUCUGGCUAAGCCGCGGUAGAAGGAAACGCGACUGUAGAAUGAAAAUAAUGUCUUCAAAAGACUCCAGCGUGAUUACCUACUUCAUUACUCAACUGAUCCUCUUAUAAAAGGCCACGCAAUGGCAUAAUGUCAGCCCUGAGUCGUUACCAGCUGGUGCGAUGCGAUCUACUGGGGUAUUAAACUAAAAAUGUUUACUAGAGGAACAACUAUUGCAAUAGCACAAAUUAAUGCUUGUAAAAUUACUUUCACACGGUGUUACAUAUAAGGUAACCCGGAACAUUUAAAAUCAGAGACAUAUAUUGCUGGAUCACUCGACAUGACAGAGCGAGAUCAAUAUCGUCUCAUAACAAUAUUGUGGUAUGUCUGUACCUAUGAAGCGUAACAGCUGUACAAAUACCAACGUAUAUUUCAACGACCAUUUCAAAUCUAAGCUGUCGCUUACGUACUAGAUCAUUACUACCAUCUUGCCAUUAAAGAACCACUGUUACAAAGUAUUUAAACUUUUUUUGCAGAACAGAAAUUCAAAGCAAAUGCCAUGGCAUUUCGCCAAUAUAAAAACAUCAAAACACUGAUUUAAAUUUAAACUUUCACGAUUUCUACACAUUAUUAAAUUGUAAAACGGGACUUUGUUUAAGUUACCUCCUAGGUCCGGUUACCUACUGUAAGUCCCGUUUCACAAUUUAACAAAAACAUCAAGCUGCUAAUUUAUAAAAAAAGUAGGUAGAUAUUUCGAAAAAGAUUUACGUAGCCGAGAGAAUUAGAUUAUAUUCACUUGAAUAGAUAGAUAUUCACAUAUUGUUCACAGUAAUGCAAGAACAAGAACUUAGUAGUUAGUACAUUUCAAAUGCCAAGUACUGGUUCAACUAAUAUUUUUUGAUCCCGAUAUUGGCUUUGAGAAGAAUUCGCUAACUGGCAACUUAUACGACAUCGUAUGUUCAGUUAGAUUCCAUCGCUUAGGUACGAGUUUGUCAAAGUUGUGUCGAUACGUUGAAAAGUUAUUGAUAUUAUUACUAAAAUCUAACUUAUAAAUAGAAAAUGUUAGGUAACUAAUGGAAAAUACAUUGAUUUUUGCGAAAGGUUUCUUAUUUCGAACUUAAAAGACUAUUUAACAUAGCCUCUGAUCUACUUAAGGGAACUUUCGGAAAAAACAAUAAUUAUAAGCUCUUAUGACCGAUGAUAUAAUAUAUCACAGACAUUUUAGGCUAUAAACAAAUGAUUAAUUAUGUCUGUGAUAUAUUUUACCAUAUUUGUAGUUUGUACCUUAACUCCAAAAUAGGGUGUGAUUGUAUUAAUUUAAAAAAGUGAGAUAACCCGGUUAGGCAUUGAUGAUGGCUCCCGGACUAUAUAGGCAGGAGCUAACGAUAAGGCUGUGGUAAAACUCAAUAUAAAUCGGUUUCUCAUUUAAAAGUCGUGCAAUGAGGUUAUUUUUGAAUAUAACUCUGUGUUUGUGCAAUGUUUUAAGUAACUUUUUUUCUUUAAUGAGUGUUGUUUUUCUAAUAUUAUGUUAGUUUAUAGUAUAGAUUUUUGUUGUAUGUAAUAAAAUAAAUAACAUACCUGUCCGCUAUAAAACUUUAAAUCAAAGUGUUCUUUGGUGUUGUUUCACCUUAGCAGUAACGGCAGUAAGUCGGCUGCUCAUUUUCUUUUACUUAUAUUAUAUUGUAACAUAGGUGCUUAUAUUACUGGACUCAGUAAAACACAUCACUUAACAUAUAGUUUUAUAAAGUGCGCGUUGAUUGUUUAUUAGCUAUUUAUUACAUAGCAGUCCGUUUAAGAUGUUUUUUUAUGUAAUACUCUUAAUAGUGGCCGUUCAUUAAUUACAUAAAUACGAUUUUGUCUAUCGAAACUUACGUAAUUAAUUAAUGACCCCUUUCAACUCAGACGGAAGAUUGUGAAUUGGACAGGUUACAAGAUAAUGUUUAAAUUAAAAAUAUAUUGCCUCUAUGAA